AUUAAACUCAUUCAUUCAUUCACUUUGAAGCCUUUUGUUGUCUUUUCUGGAAGAGAGGCGACAUAUAACAUUGAUAUACUCGCUUCAAAGGCACAGACACAACACUCAACGGAUCGAUUUUAAUCCUCAAAAGUAGCACAAGCAAGGAUAUCAAAAGAUCACUAUACUUUAUCACACAUAAAAAAGCAUCAUGAACGAAAAAGUAAAUCAAUUUGACGACAUUUACCUCGGACUUGCUCCAGAGUUGGGACUCUUGCGUCUAGCCCAGAGUGGAUUGGGAUGGAAAGCUCGAAAGGGCGAUGGUCUCUUCACCGUACGUGAUGCUGAUCUCAAGAGAACCACUUGGUUACGUGCUGCACGCAACUUUCAACUCCGUAUCCAACUUCGCGACGGUCGAAUCGUAAAGUUUGAUGGUUUUCAACGCGAUGACUUUGAAAAACUUCGGGACAUUAUCAAGGCUAAUUAUGGACUACAAUUGGAGACUAAGGAAAUGAGUGUCAAGGGCUGGAACUGGGGAGAGACUGAUUUCUCAAAUGGGAAUUUGGUAUUCAGUGUACAGAACAAGGAUAUGUUUGAGAUACCACUAAACGAAGUCAUCAACACAUCACUCACUGCCAAACAUGAAGUCAUGAUUGAACUUGGAACGGCUGAUAGUGAGGGCAAAGAGAAAAACAGAAAAGGCGAUCAACUAGUCGAAAUGCGUUUUUAUGUUCCUGGUUCAAAGGCUCAGGAUGGUGAAGGCGAGGAAGAGAGCAAUGCCAAUGUUUUCUACAACUUGAUCAAGAACGAGGCAGAUAUUGGGGACGCAGGACCAGGCGAAGGCAUUGUAUUAUUCUCUGACAUUUUGUGCUUGACUCCUCGUGGACGUUACGAUAUCGACAUGUUCCCUACCUUCUUGCGUCUGCGUGGAAAGGCAACGGAUUACAAGAUUGCAUACACUAGCAUUAUCAAAUUGUUUUUAUUGCCUAAACCGGAUGAUCUUCAUGUGUUGUUCGUCAUUGGAUUGGAUCCACCCUUGCGUCAGGGCCAGACUCGAUAUCCCUUUUUGGUCUUCCAAUUUGUGCGGGAGGAAGAAAUUGACGUGAACUUGAAUUUGGAUGAUGAGACGAUCAGGACCAAAUACGAUGGCAAAUUGGAGAAGCGAUACGAAAGCAGGACCUAUGAGAUUGUGAGCACCCUUUUCAAGGCCCUCACAGGUCGUCGUGUCACCAUCCCAUCCGAAUUCUUCAAGAGUUAUCAUAACCAAUCGGCCAUCAAGUGCUCCAUGAAAGCCAACGAAGGAGUCCUCUAUCCUCUUGACAAAUCCUUUUUGUUUAUUCCUAAACCACCCACUUUUAUUCCACAUUCAGAGAUUGGGUCCGUCACAUUUUCACGUGUGGGUGGAGGAGCUGCUUCUGCAUCCAGGACAUUUGAUCUAAAGUUCAACAUGAAGAGUGGAGUGGAUUAUUCCUUCUCCAGUAUCAAUAGGGAGGAAUAUGCCAACCUGAACGAAUUUCUGCAGAACAAGAAGAUCAAGACCAAAUCAAUGGAGGAUGAAUCCACAGGACGCUAUGUAGAGAUGGUGGGUGAGAGUGAUUCAGACGAAGAUACGGGCAAACGCAAGAGGAAAUCGACUAUUCAGGAUUAUGGCGGCGAUGAUGAUGAGGGCGAGUCCAGUCCUGACGAGGACUUUGUUGCUGAUGACAGUGAGAGUGAUGUUGCGGAAGAAUUUGACGAAAAUGUUAGCGACUCUGGCUCGGGUUCUGGCGGAUCUGAUGACGAUGAUGAAGAGGAUCAGAGACCAGCGAAAAAGUCGAAAAAGUAGAAGACAAGAUCUUGUUGGAC